CUCCGUUCUCCGAACCCUAACCGCAGCCCUGCGGAAUUAUCGAUCCCAUCUGUUCAUCACGCCAGAACUCGCAACUACCGCACGGCGGCACCUACUACUCUACAGCUCCGGCCACAACGAUUGUAACCACACACCGCGUCGCGAGCUUCACACAAAUCAACCUACCUACCACCUACCUUCAUCACCAAGCACGCAAUACAAUGUCAGGCUUCGGGCGCCCUCCUGGGGCAAUAACCUGGUCCCCAACACCCCCGCAGCGGGGGUCCUUCCCCCUCGACCAUGACAACGAGUGCAAGCCGGUAAUGGUCGAGUACCUCGCAUGCCUCAAGCGCGUUCGCGGCACGAACGAUCACCAAUGCCGGCUCAUCGCGAAAGAGUACCUCAAGUGUCGCAUGGAUCGGCAGCUAAUGGCGAAGGACGAGAUGGCGAAUUUAGGGUUUCAGGAGGAUGUACCAGCGGCAGCGGCGAAGGGGACGGUACAGGCGAUUGAGAAAUUGGCGGGGGGGGAUAGGCUCGAGGAAUUGAGGAGGGAGAAUGCACGGCUUGUGGAGGAGAGGAAGAAACGCGAGGUAGCGGAGGGACGGUGAUGAUGAUGGGGAAAGGCGGGGUGGGGUGUAAGAUAGUUGU